AUGACAGACGACAUUCCGGCGGACUACAAUAUUGCGCAAUACUUGCUCGGCAUCGCUCAGCACUCUCUGCGUCACUACAUCUUCGACAUUCACGCCGGGUUCCAGAUGACCAAGCAAAAAGGGACACUACUCUGGUACAACGGCGAAGGCCCCCACGCGGGACUUUUGGCGCUCAGCGCGUUCAACACAGCGCGGCUGCGCAACCUAACCCAGAACCCGACAGCGACCAUGGUGUUCAGCGUCAAGGCCCACCCGUCCGUCAAGAGAGACGAAAACGAACUCGUGAAACAGCAGAACACGUACCGCGAGGUCAUGCCCAAGGUGUUGCGCUCCAUCUUCUUUCCCAUGGUGUCCAGCCUCAUGUGCAGUAACUUCGUCAUCUAUCCCGUCAUAGAGAGGGUGACUCAGGUGAAGCACCUGCACUUUAUGAAUGGCGUGAGCAGCUUGUUGUACUGGUCGGCCAACUUCUUCUGGGACUUCAUGUUCUACCUGGGCACGGCGCUCUUUGUACUGCCUCCCCUGCUCUCACAGCUCAACUACCUCGUGGGCAUCGACACUCCGUUCCUGGGCUGCCUGGGAACGGUGUUCGUAGAACACUUCGCGUACACCAUCAACGCUCCUCUGGUCAUGGUGGUACUCGAAGUGAUGCUGCAGGCGAUGCUGCUCGUGCCUUCCUUCUCCUACUCCCGGGGCAUGACCAAGAUUCUGGAGCUGAGCAGCGAGAACAAGAUCUGCCGCACGGGCGGCGUGAACCUCGAGCGCGUCUGCCACACGCACGCCAUCGACUUCAAGUUAUCACUCAAACUAUGCUGCGAAGUGCCCAAAGGCCAGCAUCCCGAGGACGCCACGAUCCAGGCCCUGUCGGUGCACCCGUACUCGGCCUUCUACGAGGCGACCACGUUGGCCGUCGAGGGACUCGUCCUCUUCCUCGUGCUCAUGUUCGUCGAGUCCCGCUGGGCGUUCCGCGUAGAGAGACUGCUCAGCGCGCCCCAAGAAAACGUCCGAGCCACCGCAACGCCAAAGUUGAUCGCCUCCCCCACCAAGGUGAUGCUUGAGGACUCCGAUGCCGUGCGAGAAAACGCCUUGGUCGACACCCUGAGCGGGUCUGUUGGUCGAGACGCCAGACCGCUCGGGCCAGACCAGAGACCCGCCAUGGUUGUGAGCCGCCUGACGAAGGCGUACGGCUGGUGGCAGAAGAAGCCCGUGCUUCAGGGCCUCAGCUUCGUCCUGCGGACCGGGGAGUGUUUCGGCCUGCUGGGCGUCAACGGGGCCGGAAAGACGACCACCUUCAGGAUCCUCACGGGCGACGUCUUGCCCGCCGACGGAGACGUCUUCCUCGACGGCUUUUCGAUCGUUCGGCAGACCAGACUCGUCCAAGCUCACUUGGGUUACUGCCCGCAACGGGACGGCCUCGUGGACGAGCUGACGGGCACAGAGACGCUGAUUCUUCACUCGCGGUUGAAGGGCGUCGCCAACGACGCUGACUACCUGGAAGUGCUGUUCGAGAUCUUUGACCUGGCAGACAUCGCCGGCAACCUGGUGGGCACUUACAGCGCCGGCAACAAGCGCAAGCUGUCGCUCUGCCUGGCCAUGGUCGGCAUGCCCAGGGUGCUACUGCUAGACGAGCCCUACGCAGGCAUCGGCACGACGGCGCGCAAGAGGGUCAUCAACUACAUAACCGCCCUGCAGAGAACGGCCAAGAUGUCCAUCGUGCUUACCUCGCACAGCCUGACGGACGUGGAGUUCCUGUGCAACCGGAUAGCCAUCCUGGGGAGCGGCAGGCUGCAGUGCCUGGGCUCGCUGCCGCACCUGAAGCAGAAGUUUGGCAAGGGUGUCACCAUCACCGUCAAGACGUACCCGGACAAGAAGCAGGACUUCGUGUACCAGAAGGACGUGGUGACGGCCGUCAAGAUGAACUUCCCCAAGGCUCAGUUGGCGCACAGUUACGAGGGCCUGUUGGAGUUUCGCAUGACCCAAGUGAGCAUGCUGUGGAGCGAGAUGUUCACUCUUAUGGGCAAGAUCAAAAGGAAGUUCAAGUUGCAGGACUUCUUCAUCACGGACACAUCGCUGGAGCACAUCUACCGGAGCUUCACACGCAACGAGACAAGCAUGGCAGCGGCUCUGGCAGAGGUCCGGUAGACCAGCGAGACCUUCUGAACGUCUGGAGGCCUUGCCAUUUAUUAAAGCCUAAUAUU